CCAGUGGGACCUGCUGAAGCUCAUGAUGGCUGGGUUUGGAAACACAACAAGAAUGGCAACUAUUCUACUAAGUCAGCUUAUCAUGCCCUUAGGGAGCGACGUGAUCAUCCGGUUGCUGAUUCGGAGAUUUUUGACUAGAAAUGGUUAUGGUCCCUUUCUCUGCCACCUAAGAUGAGAUUCUUCAUCUGGAAGUGUGCUAAGAAGGCUAUCGCCACUAGGGAGAGGUUAUUCUCCAGAUCAUGUGCUCCUAACCCCACGUGCCCUCUUUGUGAUGCACCUUCGGAAACAGUGAUGCACUGCCUCUUCUUUUGCCACCAUGCUUCUGCUACUUGGGGGCUCUCCGAUUCACUCCAUAGCCUCCCUCCGGAGAACUCAUCCUUUGGUGAGUGGUUCUUUAAUCUCCAAGACACCUAUUCCAACACUCAGGUCUGCAGGAUUGUGUGCUGCUUAUGGAGUAUUUGGACUGCUCGCAACACUUUCGUGUUUGAAGAAAAGGCUCCUACUCCGGCCUCUUCUGUGAUUGUGUCGGGUCGUGAUUUCUUGCUAAUAGAGGAAGCUAGGAAGACUCCGUCGAGCUCUCCUCUCUCUCGUACGACACAAUCUCACUCCCAGCCUAGGGGUCCCCGUUCGAACCCUUUACCACCGCCCAUCCCGUUUUCACGGUUGAUGUAUUGUGACGGUUCCUUUGUCUCAGAUUCAUCUUUGGCGGCAUAUGGGAUUACUAUUGCUAAUGCCCAUGGUCAAGUGUACGACGGCAAGGCUGAUUCUUUCCUCUGUUCCCAUCCUAUUCAAGCGGAAGCCUUUGGUCUCCUCAACGCCAUCUUGAUUGCAGCGCACGACACAGAACCUACCUGCAUCCGAACAGACUGCCAGGUUCUUACUCUUGCUCUUCGUCAAGACCCUUCUCUUUGGCCUUGGCAAUGCCGUGCGACGAUUGCUCGCAUGGUGUCGGUCAUCCAUUCUGCUCCAUGGAUCAAGGUCGAGUUCGUUCCUCGGCGUCUAAAUUCACUCGCGGAUUGGGUUGCUGGCCAAGCUCGACUGAAUACAUUACCGGUGGACUGGAUUGUUAUUUGUAAUAUUAUUGCUCCACUCUUGUAAUGUUACUGGCUUCCCUUCUUGGGAUUGGAAUAAGAGGAUUACUUGUCAAAAAAAAAAAUUUCCUAGACGGCUAGACCUGCAUCUCCACUUUCUCUCCUUUUCUUUAAUCGAAUUUUUCAGUUUAUUUAUUUUCAUUUCCUUCAUUUUUUUUUUGCUGCACACUGUUUAUUUUUGUACCAAGACAUCUCUUAUUAUUGUAAUUUUACUGCGCGGUUUCGUGUUGCAGUAGUCUUAUUUGGCAGCUGCAUGCCCUCACAUUCUUCUCUUGUAUCAUAUGUUACGUAUUCUCCUGCUUUUAUUUAUUAAGAACUGGCUACUGCUAGCCCACCAGAGUAGUACUUCUGCCGCCAGCCAGCAGCCCCAGUUCAAAAUUAACUUCCAUGUUACUCCAAAUAGAACAACCUAUUACUCCCAAUAAGCUUUUAUAAUGUACCAAUAAUCAGUUUAUCAUUUAUUGAAAGAGUUCAAGGUUGAAAUAACAUUAAUUUAUGCACGCAAUUAUCCAUGAGAUUAAAACAAUCUGUUGGACGAUAUAUAUAUAUAUUCCUAGCAAAUACAAAAGAAUUUACUAAUAUAACUCUCAAUUUUGGACCAUUCUGUCAUCUCUGGACUGGCCAUAAUCUCCCAUUUAUGGUGAAUGAUGCAAGUGUUUGGUAGGGGCGUUCAAAUGGUUACCAUGGUAAUUAUCAAAGUAAACAAGCUAAAAUUCUAUUUAACCAUCGAAUACAAUAUCAUAACUAAACCGUCCCAACUAAUAUACUUGUUGUGAUUGUAUGAAUUGAAUUAGUCUCUUAGCAAUUACCAUAGGUUGAAAAAGACCUUCUUUUCAAUUUUUCAUCUAAUAUAUUGUAUGAGUUUUAUCUAAAUUGAGCGUUCAUAUAUCAUGGUCUACACUUUACAAAUACAAAUAUACAGUAUCAGAACAAUAUUGAGCUUUAUUGUUGUGAGCCUAAAAGGAAGGAAUGUUUGGCUCUUGAGUGAUUAUGCCAAGCAUUAAGUAUGUAUAUAUAAUAUAUAUUAGAUAUAUGGAUAAUUACUUAACUGGUUAAUUUGGUUUGAUUGGUUAGGAGUACCUAAAACCAAACCACCUAAACCAAACAUGCUAAAUUUUUAAUCAAACCAAAUUAAUUAUCCAAAUUAAUCAAACCAAAUUAACCAAAUACUUUCGAUUAAAACGGUUACCACACCGUUUGAAUAAACUGAAACAGACAGUUUAGUAUGUAGAAUCAUAGGUGGCUCCAAACAUCAAAAUUUUCAAAAACUCUUGCAAUUUCAAAGGGUGCUGACUGUAACCUAUCUAGCCAUUUCUUGGUCAUGCUAACAACCCAAAAAGAAAUUACGAAAAAGCAA